AUGAAAUAUAUCUAUGAUUUAAAUGCUCGUAACUGUACACGUCGUCCGUUAACUCGACCAUGGCAUGAUUUCGACAUCCGACCGGAUGCUCAAUCGUAUGGUCAAGCUUACAUCGGUACUGGUAUGAUACCCGAGCUGGAUGUCCUGGUUUCACUAUGUUUUGUUCAUCGGAGUGGAGACUGUACGUCACCGUCCAACGAUACUGUUCGAGAGUUUGGCUCGUGGACAUAUCUUCACUGUUUUCCAUUGAAUAUUGUCCGAUACAGUCAUAACUACAGACGAUCACAAAUCACAUUUCUAGACAUCACGCCAAACAUUAGCGAUCCAAAUGUAUUUGUACCGAGAAAGGAACGUCUAACCAAGGAACAGUAUUCACUACGGGAUAUUCUUUUUGGUAAACUCAGUUAA